UGGCAGAAAGUACACGAGUCGUCAGUUGAGAAAGGAGAUGAUCAGUCGCUAAGGGUUCUCAGUGUUUUCAUUGUGGAAUUUUCGGUUUGAAUCAGGAUUUUACUUGGGUGUUAUCAGAUGAACAAUACUAGGACCAGGGUAUCCGUGUUCAAGUGCCCUAACUAAUAAUACACGCUUUGAAGAGAACAAACGAUUGUCGAUCUUCGAUAAUUGGAUACGGUGGGUUUUAAUCAAUGUUAUUUUGGUAGUAGUAUCUCUAUCUUAGAGAAGAAAAAUGGCUACUGCGAUCGCCGAGAUGCCGGCAGCACCGUACCCAGAGAUAGAUCAGUUUAAGCUGACGCCGAACACAACCUAUCAGCAACAGUAUUGUGGGGAAAAUAUCUCCGGCAUGGGUGCCAUAGACUAUGAAGGAAGAAAGCAGGCACUGAAAGGGAAGAUUCGUGAGAUGAUCCUACAGAUAAGGCAGCCAAAGAAACCGUACAAGAUGCACAGAGGCCCUUGGGAAGAGAUGCCGGUUUCAGAAGAGGCAAGGAGAAUACAGGGUGAAAGAGAGGCACAAGGACAAACAGGGUUAACAGAUUCUAAGGACAUCAGGGAAGUCGACAAAAGAAGUAAGGAUGCAAUGAUAAAGAAAGCUGAAGACCAAGUGCGUUUAGCAGUCAAGCAAUAUAUGGACAGCAUCAACUAUAAACAGCAAAAAGACAGCGCUAAAAACAUGGGCAAGAAGACGCCAACCCAAGGGGGAAAGGAUAAUACGGUGCAAGGACGCACUGAUUUAAUGAUCACAAGUACUGCAAUGAAACCACAGCCCAAACCAGGUAAGAUAUGAAACGUACCGACGCUCUUGUGA